AAAAACCCGCCCUCCAAAACUCCAAACACUCGAAUCCCUACGCUCCUCAUGGUCAGAGCCAAGCAAGCCAACAGAGAGAUCGGAGAGAUGGAGAGAAUACAAGAGCUGGAGUGGAUGAAACUGUGUAUGAGGAAGCUCGCCCUUUGGCUCACCAGGACCUUCAACCCCAUCAUGACUCACGACGAUCUCGAGCCCCUCAUGGCCACCCUUGGUUUCGUCGCCCUCCCUCCCUCUCCUCCCCACCCCGCUUCCACUCCCUGGAAGGAAUACCACUUUACUGCCGGCGGAAGUUUCUGGACUUCUUCCGAUUCCGCCGACUCACCGCCUAAACCCAGGCUUCCCUUCCCCAGAAUCGACGGCCUCCACGUCAACACCUACAGGGCCUUCCUCGACGCCGUUAACUUCUACGUCAACAUGCCCAACAUCUCCGAUCUUUUCCAUGUCAGGGGAAUGCCAUUGAAUACAACAGAUGACCGCAGUAGGAAGUGGCGUCGUAUGUCAGAUGAUGAAAGUGUGUUCGUUUACAGAGAAGGAACACUGGAACAGGGGACGACGACGACACACAACUCUGAUAAGAACAGCAAUAGCAGUGACAGUGACAGGGCAAAUGGUAAUAGCAACUCCGUCAUUCGAAGUAAGGGCAACGGUAACACCUCCGUCAUCUGCUUCGUCUCUUUGAAAGAUAUCAUUCAGAUACUAUGAUUUUUGCCAAUGUAUAAAGCUAAUUAAUCCUAAUAAUAAUAAUAAUAAUAAUAAUAGAGAUUUUAGGUUUUAUUUUAUUUUAUUUUUUUCUCGCUAUUCGAGAUUCGU